AAAACCAAACAGGCCUUAUAGUGGCCAGAAACAGACCGAUUCCAAAUUCAAAACAUUAGUAGCCCUAGGGCCUAGCCUAGUUCUUUUUGCUUGUGAUCCUCAAGUCACAACAAUGGAGAAAACUACUCAAUCCAAGAGUGUGUGUUUGUACUUCACCCAAGGCCGCUGCAACAAGAUGAAAGAUAAAAACCACUUGAAGGCGUACAGUCAUGGUUUUCCGGAUCUUGACACAGAGAGUUUUGAUUUGAAGAAUGUACAGCCUCAGCAGUUUGACUUUUUUCUUGUCCUUGAUUUGGAAGGAUCAGUUUCAAUUCUUGAAUUUCCCGUUCUCAUGAUUGAUGCUAAAACUCUGAAGCAUGUUGAUUUUUUCCAUAGAUUUGUGAGACCCACAGACAUAGAAAUGGGCGAGGAACGCAAAAAAGAGUAUGUUGAACAGCACUAUGGACAAUUUGGAAUGAGCAGGGUCUGGCAUGAGACAGCUAUUCCAUUCAAGAAAGUUAUACAACAAUUCGAAGAUUGGCUGUCAACUCAUCAGGUGUGGGCAAAUAAGUCUGGAGGACAUCUUAACAAAGGCGCAUUCAUAACUUGUGGCAAUUGGGACAUAAAAACCAAAAUCCCAGAGCAAUACAAAGUAGCAGGGAUGCAGCUUCCUCCAUAUUUUAUGGAAUGGAUCAAUCUGAAAGACGUCUACUUAAACUUUUAUAAGAAAAAGGCCACGGGUAUGGUCCCAAUGAUGAAGCUGCUUCAGAUGCCACUAGUCGGAAAUCACCAUCUUGGAAUUGAUGAUACAACGAAUAUAGCAAGAGUUUUGCAACACUUGAUUAUCGAUGGUUCAGUUUUGCAGAUCACUGGACGGAGAAACAGUGAUGGAAAUGUUGAUUUUCUCUUUAAAAAUCGCAUCCAAAACAAUUACAGACAGUUUAGUAAACGGCCCAGAACAAUGAAUUAGUCCGUUUAACCUCCAAUCUACAAUGUGUGUUAUGCAUGAUGCAUUUUACAUGGAAAUUACACUUUAGUUUAGUGGUGGUUGCAUCAUAGUUAAUUUGACAAUAUCCAGUUUUUGAGCGCAUUUAUAUAAUUGCAAAACAUGGGCUGUCAGAAUUUUACA